AGUCAGAGGUGGUGGAUGGAGUGAACGGGCUCGGAUGUGGCAGAAAUAUUAAAACAAAAACUGGUGACUGAGUUUGGAUACGUUUGGAAAUCAAAGAGAUGAAACUUCAGGCCGUGCUUCUCCUCUUGCUGCAGCUCACCUUUGAGCUUUCAUCAUGCACACAUCUCCGGGUGGUACCAGGCGCCACUCUGGAGCUGCCCUGUCUCUCCAUUCAGACUGAAUUCACUGACGGGGCAAUCAUCUGGACAUUCAAUGAUGAAAAUGUAACCACUCAGUCGCCUGGCUCGAUUACAUUUAAAAAGCGUGGCUUGCUUCUCUCUAUAUCUCCUGUGACUGACGCUCACGAGGGCAAGUACAUGUGUUUGGUAAAAGACAGCACUACUGAGAUAAUAAGGACAUACCACGUUACAGUCGAAGCAACGUUUGGCUACGCCAUCAAGGUGAACAAAGGCACCAACGUUUACCUCCCGUGCCAUUUCCCACCUUCAAGCCAAGUCAAGGCCAAUGCACUUUGGUUCAAAGAGACGGGAGUUGGCCAGAGAAUACAGCUGCAUCCUGGAGACGGUUCAACAGAUGAGGUCGAGAGACUGGAACAGCUUUAUCCACUUGACCAUGAUCAGACUAUCGUACUCAGAGAGGUGCUCAUGGAGGACGCUGGAAGUUACACUUGUGAAUCUCCCGAGAACAAGAAGCUGAGCACUGUAGACAUUCUUGUUGAAGUUCCUCCUACGCUUCCUCCUCACUCGUGCAAGAUUGAACACACCGCGCCAUGGGAGCCCUGCCAGGACACGAACAGUCGCACUGGGGAACCCAUUCUGCAGGAGUCCCUGACAGAGUUCUCCACGAAGCUGUACUCUUUGCUCAGACAGUGGCAACCCUCCAGCAACUUGCUCUUCUCUCCUAUCAGUAUCAGCGCGUUACUGUCCCACUUGUUGUUAGGUGCGAGGGAUAAUGCCCGCAGAGCGAUUGAGCGGGCCGUCUGUGUGCCUCACGACUUCCACUGCGUUCACUUCCAGAUGAAGAAGCUGAGGGAGAAGUUGGCCGGCUCUUUGCAGAUGGCUUCUCAGAUCUUCUAUGACCGACAAAUGAAUCUCAGUGAGUCAUUUACUAACCAGUCCAUCCAGUUUUAUGGAGCGGAGCCCGUCCGACUGCUGGAAUCCGGCGAGGAAAGCAAACAGAUGAUCAACAGCUGGGUGGCAAAUAAGACCAACAAUAAAAUCAAGCAUUUGGUUGACUCCGUACCAAGCACUGCACAACUGAUCCUGCUCAAUGCUGUCUCAUUUAGUGGUCAGUGGAAGGUCAAGUUUGAACUGAAGCCCCAGAAAGGACUUUUCUCCAAACUGGAUGGUGAUCUGAUAAAGGUGCCCGUCCUCUAUCAAAAGAAUUACAUGAUGCCUCUGACGUACAUCGCUGGCCUAAAGGCACAGGUGGGGAAGUUUGCUCUCACAGAUGACAGCAGUCUUUAUAUCCUGCUGCCUCCUACCAACACAGCGACUCACCUGCAGACGGUGGAGCAGAAGAUGACGGACACGGCUCUGCGUGAAAUGAUAGAACACAUGAAGACGGUCCCUGCUGAGGAGGUCGAGGUCACUCUGCCCCUAAUCAAGCUGGACGUCCAAACAGACAUGAACAUACUUAUCAAGAAAUUAGGUCUGUCAUCACUCUUCGAGGGUGCCAAUCUGUGUGGCCUCUAUUCUGAAGAGAAGGUAGUUCUGGACGAUGCCAGACACAGAGCCUUCCUCGCGCUGACCGAACAGGGAGUCGAGGCCGGAGCCGUCAGCAGUUUCACCUUCUCUCGCUCCUUCUCUUCCUUCUCGGUCCUGCGGCCUUUCAUCCUGCUGCUGUGGAGCGACCAGGCCAACGUGCCGCUCUUUAUUGGCAGAGUAACCGAGCCAUGAGGGAGGCGAGACAGACAGGAUGUUAAAGAAAGGCAUUUCAUUAUCUUGUGCUGUGCUUCUUAUCCAAGACCUGACAUAACACAGUAUACAUUCAAACAAUUAAACAAUAAAACAAUCCCUACGA